AUGAUUGGUUUUGUUUGUCCGUUACAAGUGGUCGUGGAAUACGCUCCUCAUGGCAAUCUGAGAGACUUCCUUCGUCUGCGCAGGCCAACUCAGCUGUCGGAUAAAUCCUCUCCUCGCAAGCUUUUGGCCCCUUGUCUUUCCAGGUCUGAUUUGCUCAAUUUUGGUCUUCAGGUCGCUAGAGGCAUGGAAUACCUAUCCUUAAGAUCGAUUGUCCAUCGUGACCUGGCCGCUCGUAAUAUUUUAGUCGGCCGAAAUUUCGUGAUCAAAAUUGCCGAUUUUGGCCUUACUCGCUCCGUCUCUGAUUAUUACAGGAAAACAAGUGAUGUAAGUCAGCUACUGGCACGUCAUUCUUGUAAGGCCACAUUCAUCAAUUGA